UAGUUUGAGCUUAGAGCGCCGACCAGGCGGCAGAAUCAGUAGAGAUCAGAUCGCUCACAUCGACAAAGCGAGGACUGCACCAGAGCAAUUAUAUUGUGUGAAACUGCCAGCAUUAUGCAAAUCAUUUUUUAAUUUGCGCCUCCGAAUGCUACGCAAUAAUUGUAUUAAAUUUGAAUUAAGAACCAACACAUAUAAUUUAAUUUUAAUUAGCGAAAAUCAUUGAGGCAUAACGCAUACACUUGGGGAAUCUAAUGCUGUUGCUCACCCCAAGCAGCUUACAGAUUGAUUGCAUUUUAAAGACAAUCCGCUUAGUGUGAAUCUGAUUAGACGUUACACUCCCAUAGACUUACCAUAGCAACAAGCGGCUAGCGACGCAAUGCAAUCAUCGACUGAUGCGGGCAAUGAUGGCACACGUAAAUUCACAGGACACCAGGAGCAGCAGCAGCAGCAGCAGCAACAGCGUCAGCAGCAUCCACAAGCAGCAACGGGGGGAUCUAAUCAGACCACUUCCUUUACUGUAAACGGCAAAAAUCCGCAACAAACGAGCCCAGGCGACACACCUAGCAAAAAUCCGUUCAAGCAACAGCUGGACAGCCAUAGUCAGCAGAAUGGCGCCUUGGAGACAGAAUGCGGCAUUCUGGGCGCCGGCAUUGCAGCCGGCAAGGACCAACAGGAGCCAACACCAUAUGAGCCGCGUAAAAUGAUAGCUGGUGGCCAACCGCCGCCGGAUCAAUAUCGACAAGAGGAUCCACGUGCUGGCGGCUCUUGGGCGGCGGCCAAAUCAUGGAUGGUCAGCUGGCGUGGCUCCAAUCGACUUGUGCUGGUCAUCGUUGCUAUUGCUCUGCUGCUGGACAACAUGCUGCUAACAACUGUUGUGCCCAUCAUACCCGAGUUCUUGUACGACAUACGACAUCCGGACGCACCACUCGGCAGUUUCCCCCGCGCACCAAUCCCCCUGACUACACCGACACCACCAUCGUCCUGCCCUUGUAAAGAUGGUGAAAAUGAGGCAGGGCCGCCGAUCGAGGUGUCCGCACCGUCUGCAGAAGACAAUGAGACAUAUUAUCGCGAGAUGGAGGAACGGCACAAUGAGUUGGUCGGCGAAACGGUUGAAGUAGGUCUGCUCUUUGCCUCGAAGGCCAUUGUACAAUUGCUGGUUAACCCGAUAGUUGGACCCCUUACGCAUCGAAUUGGCUACAGCAUUCCAAUGUUUGCCGGCUUUGUAAUUAUGUUUCUGUCAACGCUGAUUUUCGCCUUUGGACGCUCUUACUUGGUACUGUUCAUCGCUCGAGCUCUUCAGGGCAUUGGCUCGUCGUGUUCGUCCGUCUCUGGCAUGGGCAUGUUGGCCGAUCGCUUCACCGACGACAAGGAACGUGGCAAUGCAAUGGGUAUCGCUCUGGGUGGACUUGCUCUCGGUGUGCUCAUAGGACCGCCUUUUGGUGGCGUUAUGUAUGAGUUUGUUGGCAAAUCGGCGCCAUUUCUGGUGCUCGCUGCUCUGGCGCUCGGCGAUGGUUUGCUGCAGAUGUUCAUGUUGCAGCCGUCCAUACAGAAAGCGGAAACAGAGGAACCACCAUCUCUGAAGAGUCUGAUCAGUGAUCCCUACAUUUUGAUAGCGGCUGGUGCAAUUACCUUUGCCAAUAUGGGCAUUGCGAUGCUGGAGCCAUCUCUGCCCCUGUGGAUGGUGGAUAAUAUGGGUGCAACACGUUGGGAGCAGGGUGUGGCUUUCUUGCCGGCUUCCAUUAGCUAUUUGAUAGGCACAAAUCUGUUUGGACCACUGGGACACAAGAUUGGACGAUGGUUUGCUGCCUGCCUAGGACUAGUUAUCAUUGGCGCCUGUUUGAUCUUUAUACCCAUGGCGACCUCAAUCACGCAUCUGAUUAUUCCCAAUGCUGGUCUUGGCUUUGCCAUUGGCAUGGUUGACUCUUCGAUGAUGCCGGAACUGGGUUAUCUGGUCGAUAUACGGCACUCGGCCGUGUAUGGCAGUGUCUAUGCCCUCGGAGAUGUGGCUUUCUGUGUUGGUUUUGCUGUUGGACCAGCGCUGUCGGGUUCCCUUGUGAAAAGUAUUGGGUUCGAAUGGAUGUUGUUCGGCAUCGCCAUACUCUGUUUCUUGUAUGCGCCGCUGCUGACGCUACUCAAGAACCCACCGACCAGCGAUGAGAAAAAGGUGCGUAUGGCUAGGGAAGCUGCUGCUGCCGCUGCUGCUGAGGCUGCAGAAGCUGCCAACGCUAAUUCGAUUGGUCAGCUAACGGAAUCAUGCCCAUCUGUGUUGCACGAUACUCCAAUGAAUACCUGCAAGACGAAUGAAGCUUUCGAAUGUGAACGAUUAUAAUCUAAGAUUAACGCAUGCUUAAUUUUUACGUUUAUAAUUUCUUAUUAUUUGUAUUGUAUUUCUGGAUAGUAGUUUGUUAUUUUCUUAUACGAGAUUUAAUACCUGUGUAAAAAGAUUUUAAUUUUUAUUAGUAUUAUUUUAUUAUUUAUAAUUUUUGUAUUUUUUCUUAGCAUAUUUGUAUAUUUCUUACACUAAUUUAUAUGAUUUAAUAAGUAAGCUGAGAUUUGCUUAUGUUAACGUCGCUGGAUUUUAUGUUAAUAAAUAAAAAUUUAUUAUAAUUUUUACUUUAA